AUGCAGCUCACGAAAGAACUCAUACCGAUCCCGUCCUCGGACUACCUCAUUCAGUCCAGCGAUCUCACCAACUGCUCUCCAUCUGUGUACAACGAUGCGGCCGCGCUGAAGAAGGCGAUAAAGACGAUCGAGAAGAACAACAAGCGGAUCAAAGGCGCGCCGUCCCUCCUCACGAACCGGAGAAUUAACUUCGAGAAGAUCCGCACCAUCUGGGCUGCGAAGGUUGGGACAUGGCUUGCGAUCGACUUUGAGGCAUGGGAUCGUGACCAUAGUCUGCUCACCGAGUAUGGUUGGAGUCUCGUUCGCUGGGAAGGCGAGGGCGACAACAAGCGUGAGGUGACCGAGGACGGACACUUGAUUGUCAAGGAAUAUCGAGGUUUCCAUCAGACCUACGUCCAGGAAAACCGCGAUGCAAAUCACUACAACUUUGGGAAGAGUGAGGAUGUCGACAAAUUCACGUUCCGGCAGCGGAUACGCGACAUGAUAGCCAAGUAUCGUGAGAUGGGUCCACUGUUCCUUGUCUUCCACGACAACAACCAGGAUGUCAAGUACCUCCGCAGCGACGCUAUCAAGGCAUUGAGCGACUUCGAGUAUCUGCUCCCCGACCAGCCGCCCGAGAGCGGCGUGUACGUAAUCGAUACGGGUGACCUGUUCGCUGCACUGGAGGGUGAGGGUAGCGGGAACAAGCGUUCUUUGGAGCGUGCCUGUCGACACCUGCAGAUUCCUACCGAAUUCCUGCACAAUGCGGGAAACGACGCGCACUACACCCUGGCUGCUAUGAUCGCCAUGGCUUCGGGCGACACGCUCGAUGUGCAGCGUGACAAGCGUUGGCCCAACCGCACCUCCAGCAUCAACACGAAGGUCGAGUUCAUGCCCUGGGAGGAGGACUCCGACGAGGACGACCUCGAGGCGAUCAUGCCGGGCAGUCGCGCCACGAUGCAAAUCAGCGGGGAGCAGGUGAUGCCCAACCCGGACGGUAACGAGGACCUGCCCGAAGUGGAGGACGAUAUAACGGAGGCGCUGCAGAACGGGGGCCUCAUCCCGGUCCACGCGUGA